GGCCGGCGGCUGCGAGGCGGCCUGCAGGGAGCAGCCGCGAGCCGGCCGGGCGUGCGGAGCCGGAGCCCCAGCCGGAGUGGGGCGGGGGAGGGAGGAGCCAGAGCGGCCGCCGCCUCUGCCGGAGGAGCCGCGGGGCCGCCACACUCGCCCCCCGCCCCCCCCCCGCGCUCACUAGCACUCACACCCCGGCGCUGGAGGCGGGCGGCCCGGGCCCCACCGGCCCCCCAUGGACGCCCCCGGCACGGGGCGCUGAGACCCCCGCGUCGUUGCCCAACUCGGUUCAGCGCGCCAAGCCAAGACAUCUCCAGGAACGACAAGACACGGAAGACCUCCCAGCUCCUAACCCAGUACCAUUCACCAACCCAGCUUGCCCCUAGCUCUCCCACCUGCCACUCCCUGGCCCCUCCCACCACUCCCCUCACCCCUUUGGGGCGCAGGGCAUGGUGUGAAAGGCUGAGUACUGAGGCGGGUACCAUGGGUGCUGUGCCCUAGGGCCUGGGAGGCGGGGGGUGGGUGGCCUGUGGGCGUUGCAGGGGGGGGCAGUGUGCCCACCCCAGUCUCUUGGCGUGCUGGAGGGCAUCCUGGAUGGAAUUGAAGUGAAUGGAACAGAAGCCAAGCAAGGUGGAGUGUGGGUCGGACCCAGAGGAGAGCAGUGCCAGGUCACCAGAUGGAAAGCGGAAAAGAAAGAAUGGCCAAUGUUCCCUGAAAACCAGCAUGUCAGGGUAUAUCCCUAGUUACCUGGACAAAGACGAGCAGUGUGUCGUGUGUGGGGACAAGGCGACCGGUUAUCACUACCGCUGUAUCACUUGUGAGGGCUGCAAGGGCUUUUUUCGCCGCACAAUCCAGAAGAACCUUCAUCCCACCUACUCCUGCAAGUAUGACAGCUGCUGCGUCAUCGACAAGAUCACCCGGAACCAGUGCCAGCUGUGCCGCUUUAAGAAGUGCAUCGCCGUGGGCAUGGCCAUGGACUUGGUUCUAGAUGAUUCGAAGCGGGUGGCCAAACGCAAGCUGAUCGAGCAGAACCGGGAGCGGAGGCGAAAGGAGGAGAUGAUCCGAUCGCUGCAGCAGCGACCAGAGCCCACUCCUGAAGAGUGGGAUCUGAUCCAUGUUGCGACAGAGGCCCAUCGCAGCACCAAUGCCCAGGGUAGCCAUUGGAAGCAGAGGCGAAAAUUCCUGCCGGAUGACAUUGGCCAGUCACCCAUUGUCUCCAUGCCGGAUGGAGACAAGGUAGACCUAGAGGCCUUCAGCGAGUUUACCAAGAUCAUCACCCCGGCCAUCACCCGUGUGGUGGACUUUGCCAAAAAACUGCCCAUGUUCUCCGAGCUGCCUUGCGAAGACCAGAUCAUCCUCCUGAAGGGGUGCUGCAUGGAGAUCAUGUCCCUGCGGGCAGCUGUCCGCUAUGACCCUGAGAGCGACACCCUGACCCUGAGUGGGGAGAUGGCGGUUAAGCGGGAGCAGCUCAAGAAUGGCGGCCUGGGUGUAGUCUCUGACGCCAUCUUUGAACUGGGCAAGUCACUCUCUGCCUUUAACCUGGAUGACACGGAAGUGGCUCUGCUGCAGGCUGUACUGCUGAUGUCAACAGACCGCUCCGGCCUGCUGUGUGUGGACAAGAUUGAGAAGAGUCAGGAGGCGUACCUGCUGGCCUUUGAGCACUACGUUAACCACCGCAAACACAACAUUCCACACUUCUGGCCCAAGCUGCUGAUGAAGGUGACUGACCUCCGCAUGAUCGGGGCCUGCCACGCCAGCCGCUUCCUCCACAUGAAAGUCGAGUGCCCCACCGAACUCUUUCCCCCACUCUUCCUCGAGGUCUUUGAGGAUCAGGAAGUCUAAAGCCUCAGGCGGCCAGAGGGUGUGCGGAGCUGGUGGGGAGGAGCCUGGAGAGAAGGGACAGAGCUGGGGGUUGAGGGAGAACCCCCCCACCUCUUCUCUCCUUCCUCCCAUCCUUGGAUAGCUGCAGCUCCCAUACACCCCUGCACUGCCCAGUCCCCCUCAGAACCUCCAGCCCUCUGACAGGGCAACAAAUGAACUUGCUAUGAAAGACAGUGUGGGAGACUGGGACCUAAGUCCUAGAAUUUCUGGGACCCCCCCCCCAGCCUCUAAGGAACUAGGGGAAGGGAGGAAGAACUGAGAGGGACGAGCCAUCCUGAUUGUAGGGUCAGGAGGAAUGAGGAAUAGGGGCAGAUGCCCUCACUCACCCCUAUACACACAGGAGAGCCCUGCCAAGUUCCUUGGCCUAGAUUUCCCUUCAGGCCACAGGUCUCUACUUCCCCAAAUACCUGGGUCCUAGGUGCAAAGGACAGCUUGGCUUGGUUUGGCUCCUCCCCUGGAGGCUAAAAAUGGUCGUCACCCUAACUGCACUUUGGAAAACCAAGCGAGGGGAGAAUAUAAAUGAAGAAAAACUAGACAGAAAAGAAAAAAAAGACAAAAAAGAGAGUGUUAGAGAGAGAGAGACAUAGAGAGAGAGAGAUGAUAUUAAGUUAUUAGCUGAGGCUGGCCCAAGGGGAAGGACCCCCCCCCUUUCCCACCCCCAUGCACUUUGAGAGCUGCCCUUCCCACCCCCAGAGAGAUGCCCCCAGCAGACCUCCAAGGCUGCUGGUUUGAGCUGUGGAGCUGUGAGGCGACACAACAGGGUCCUGGCACCCCCCUUGCCUUGCCCCCACCCCUGUGCCCCUUUGGCACUGCACCCCAGUACUUCCUCUGCUCUGCCACUCGUGCCCGCUGAGUUCCAUCUACCUCUCACGCUGGAUGCCAGCUGGCCCCUCACCAGCCUGCCCUGUUGCCCACACAGCUCCCCUUUCAAGUGCCCAGCCCCAGGGGCCUCCUGUCCCCCUCCUGCUAUACCUUGGCACCCACACACAGGAAAAACUGUGGCCCAGGCUCCUUCCCUCCUCAUAUCCUGCAGUAUUAGCUACAAUCCAGAUGCUGCUGCAUGGGGGGUGGGGUGGACGUGUGUCUCCCAGAACCUCCGCCCCUGUGGGACUCCGUUUCCUGUCUGUUUUCUGGGCUCCCUUUGCCCUCCGUACUGACUCCCACUUGACGCACUAAGCCAGACGUAGGGCAGGUUGGCGUGCAGUGGGAGUGUUUCUAUCAGUGGCACUUAGGGGCCCAGGGGAGGAGGCAGUUGGCGCUCCUCCGAUUUUCUUUGAAGCUCUUUAGGCCAGCCACCCCUCUGCCCCUGGGAACCCACUCCCCUCUUCUUUUCUAAUUCAGGGACUUUGGCUUGAGCCAUCUCCCACCCUCUGGUGAGGAGUGCUCUGUUGGUCUGCCCUUGGGUGAGCUGCCCUCCUCCUCCGUCUCCUCCCCUUGGCUACAGCCCACUCCUCUGCAGAGAGAGAGAGAGGGCCGGAGGAAGUGGCCCUCCCAUGAGUGGGAGGGAAGGGAGGAGAGGGAGAAACUGAGCAGACCAGUGGCCCUGGGCUCAGGGCUGCAUGUCGGCAGGGAUGGAUGGGUGGACAUAGAUGCCCCCCGGAAGCCAUUGGGGAAUGACUGGGGCAGGGGGCGGGUGAGGGGGUGCCAGGGCUUCCUGCGCUUUGCACUAUUGGGGCAAAAAAUGUCUUAAGCAGUGGGGAACCUGCCACCCCACUCUGACCCUCAGCCUGCCACAGCCCCUACACACACACACACACACACACACACACACACACACACACACACACACACAGAGGAAGGCAAUGCUUUGCUGUCCCCAGGGCAGUGUCCUCUGCCACUGUUCAGGUGUUCCAACUGGGCAGAGGACCUGGAGGAACACCUCCUGUCACCUGUGCAUGUGCCUGCCCCACCCCUGGGGCCCCUGGGCCACCUGUGCUAUCUUUAUCUCUAUCCUCUUUCUCUCUCCUGGGGUACUGAUUUCCAUAUUCCUCCAGUCCCAUGGGUAAACCCUCUCUCAUACCCCCCCCCCAUAUCUGGGGGCCCAGUGGAGUUCCUGACCUGCCUGCUGUCUCCCUUCCCCUGGCUCCACUCCUCCCUUUCCAUUCCCAUUCUCAGCCAUGGGCAUGGCCUCUUACAGGCACUUGGGAAUCCCCCCCCUUCCCCAAAUCAUAUGAGCUGUGAGCCCCUUCCCCUCAGCCCUUCCCCUUCCCCUCAGUGAUGUGGAGUGUGUGUGUGUGUGUUCCUGUGUGUGAAUGUAUGAGUGACUAUAUGUUGUGGGGAGGAGCCAGAGAGACUCAGGAGUGCCACGCACCUGUUCUAGAGAGGCAGCUGUCCCAGUCCCUGCUGUGGAAGUGGGGGACAGGGCCCUCUCCUGGGGGCCAUUGGUGCUAAUGGGGGGUUGGCCUUGGCAUGGGUGCUUAGCAUGCCUUCCCCCAGUGUUGGCCCGGGGCACUAGGGCAGGCCGGGUGGGGCAGCAGGUGCAGUAUUGAUGGGAGGAUGGGUUGCUGGGAGAAGGUUGGGGGGGCCAGGCCAGGACAAGGGGGUGCCAGAGCCAUGACCACUACCCUGCCCCACCACUGCCUCUCCAUCUCAGUAUCCCCCUCCCAUCACUUAGAACACACAUACCUCAUCCAGCCUCCUCCCUGCUCAGACUUGGGGAGGGUGGGGGAGGAGGAGCCCCUACCCCUUCCCUGGGUGGUGGGUCUACAGGGCUGGGAGAGGGCAGGGCAGGGCGUGUGACAGACACCGUCCACUAGGGGGAACGUACUUCCUGCCCUAGGAACUCCUGGGUGGAGGGGGACACUACCCAGAGGCGCUACUGAAUGUAUGAGAAGCUGGUGCUGGGGUGGGGGGAGGGGGUUUAUGCCUAGAAAACAGGGAAGGAGAUAGGUCCCUUCUCUAGAGAGGGGUGGGACCGGUAGGGGUGACUUGAGGGGCUCCUACUCCUGCCCCACAGUUGACAAUCAGUAUGUCUGUUAUGUGCGAUUUUUCACCCCAUUGUGUUUUGGGUCAGGAUUUUAAAGAAAGAUAUUUUUAUGGUAAUUGUUGCUCGUCUAUUUUACUAUAUAUUUAUGUAAUAAAUAUAUGAUGAAAAUAACCCCCUUGGGCACCCCCCCCUUAGACUUGCGUGCUGUUUCCCCAUAUUCUUCCAUCUGCUGGCAGAGUACCCACCCCACAAGCUAACCAGAUGGAGAGGUGCCCCCCCCAGCCUUGGCAGUAGUCCCCUCCACCCCCACCCCCCAAAACGAGCACACAUCACAGAAGCCAACUCAGCUGUGAA